GGACCCAACACAAAGUGCUCUCCUCUUUCUCUCCCCCAUUAUUAUAAACACUCUGCUGCUAAAAUUUUCCAGAACCUGCUUCAUCUCUCUCUCUCUCUGGUGGCCAUCGUGUCUCCUCUGCUUUUUCACAAAAAGAGUUUCUCGUACACACAACUCAGAAUAGCAACCAAAAACACACAUACACAGAGAAAACCAAGUAUAGCUUGAGUGUAGAAACCUAGUUAUGGUCGUGUCCUCAACAUACGAAGAAGAAGAGAAUAAUGGAAGAAGCUAACAAAGCGAAGCGUUCUAUCACAGAUCUGGCGCACUCUCGAGUAUUCGUUUCUGGGUUCUAUUGCUGGGGUUGGGAGUUCCUCACUGCUCUCUUGCUCUUUAGUGGUUCCUUCUAAACAACACAAAAACUUGAACAUCCCCAAAAACAAGAUUAGGGAAAUUCGAGCUGUCCCCAGAUCUCUUGUUGUUUAACUAGAUUAUUAUUGUUGUUUUUUCACAUUUGUUUUGAUUUCACAGAUUAUUUUUUGUGGGUUUGGUGAUUGAUUGAUUGAUUGAUCGAUCAAUUGAUUGAUUUGGUGAGUGUGGGAGAUGGGGCAGAGGUCAGUUCCGGCGCCGUUUCUUACGAAGACGUACCAGUUGGUGGAUGAUCCGAGCAGCGACGACGUCGUGUCGUGGAACGAAAGCGGCACGACCUUUGUGGUCUGGAAAACAGCUGAUUUCGCUAAGGAUUUGUUGCCCAAUUACUUCAAGCACAACAACUUCUCCAGCUUUGUUCGCCAACUUAACACCUAUGGCUUUCGAAAAACUGUGCCCGACAAAUGGGAAUUUGCUAACGAGAAUUUCGUACGAGGCCAAAAAGAGCUCCUCACGAAGAUCCGUCGCCGUAAGGCACUAACGUCAUCCCCGGCCGGUGGAAAAUCCCCCGCCGCAGCCGCCAUCGGCAGCCCUUCCUCGCCGUCGAAUUCCGGCGAGGACCUAGGGUCCACCUCCACCUCGUCCCCGGAUUCCAAGAACGCGGGGUCGGUGGAGGCUCCGGCGAGGGCCCAAUUCGCCGACUUGUCGGACGAGAACAAGAAACUGAAGAGAGACAACGAGAUGCUGACCUCGGAGCUCGCGCAGACGAAGAAGCAAUGCGACGAGCUCAUCUCUUUCCUCACCGAGUAUGUCAAGGUUGCCCCUGAUCAGAUCAAUCGCAUCAUGCUCACCUGUGAUGAAUUGAACGGUCAGAUCGAGACCACUGGUGAUGAUGAUGAUGACGACGAAAAUACUGAAGAGAAAAGCGGAGAGGGUUUGAAGCUCUUUGGGGUGUGGGUGAAUGGGAAUAAGAAAAAGAGGGGUCGCGAUGAAAAAUUGGGGUUUGGAGGGACCAAUCGCAAAGAAAUGAAAACUGUUGACUAUGAUGAUGCGCCGUGGAUGAAGAUCUCUACGGCCCCAGGGGAAACGGGCAAGGUCUGUAACUGACUAAUGCGCUUGUGACGCGUAAGCAACAAAGUGGGAGGUGCACUGGAGAAAUAAAUAACUGUUUAGUGCGGUGAUUAGUACAAGAUUAGAAUACUGUAAAUUAGAAAACAAACAGUGUUCGGCUGUAAGGUUGGCCUGUGAUGUUGAAGCAAUAAGGACAACUUUGGAAAAGUUUUCGAGGUUGGGUUGUGUAGGAAAGUUUAUGGUUGAUGAUAAUGACAGAGAUUGAGAUCAAAAGCAAAUGGGUGAGUCUCUCGUCUAUAUUUAGUUGCAUAUAGAUCAUACACAUGUAAAAAUUUCCUACUUUCUUCGUUGACUGAAACAAAAUGUUGUAAGAAAACACUUUAUAUGUGGAAUCUGUAUGCAAGUUUUUAUGUAUCUAUUUCUUCCCUUAAGCUUU